CAACGGACUGUGAUCAAACAUCUCGUCACGUGACAGAAGAGGAAAAGUUGAUGAUUGCCUUUAACAGUUUGUCAGUGUGUGCACUCAGCCUGCACCAGCAGCUGAGGAGUAAAUAUUGAGCCUCUGAGAGGAGAACACAUCUGUGUGAGGUGACUACCAGCCCCGCCGCGUGACUCGGCCAACUCUCGGCCAACUCGUUGCCGCGGCUCACACGUCGCCUUCUCGGAAGUCGGGGCCUCUCCGCCACUUGAGGCUUUUCUCGGCAUCACGGACCCAGUGCUUGGCAUCUUCUGGCCAUUUAUCACAGUUUGGGCCCAAACACACUGCCAAAGCAGCGGUCGGCAGACGAGGAGGCAAAGCAGCUCCUCCGUCAUGUGACCCUAACCCUCCCAGCGCGCGGGACAUCACCAGAGGCAAGGACCCUCUCUUGUUAGCGAAAGGCGCAGACGAUGAGGUGGAUGUCGAGCGGUUUGUGAAGUGCUUUGAGCAGCACACGUCGUUUUGUGCUCGACUGAAGCUCGCCAACUCCUCAGGGUCGUCUGUGGAGGAAGGAAGCGUGCUGAAUACUUACUCACGUCUUUUAGACCCUCGGCAGAUAUCCUCGUCUUCACCUAAUGGUUUCAAGAUGACGAGGUGGCGGUUAUAUGGCGCAAAAUUACUCUGACACGAGAUUCAUCACAAAGUAACCAUCGCCAGGGAAUAUUUAAAUAAUUUAUGCUCUCUGAGAAGUUGCUUCAGAGAUUAGCAGAAAGUUCCAAUCAUGCGGUUUUGUAUAAAAAAGCGACAUGUUCCCUUGCUGGUCAUGACCUUCUUGAUGGCAGCGUUAGUUUACCUGUUGGUCACAGGUGAACGAGAAGAACGAUACAUUAGGAAAAUGCUGGGCCUGCAGGGUGGACCUGAAGCGCUCGGGGAGAGGGUGAUGCCCACUGUGACACCGCUGGUCGACAUGAGCUUCUCCUCCAUGAGCCUGCACGACAUUAAGCGGUAUAUCGCCCGUUACAACGAGAUCCAGCCAGUCCAGAACGCAGACAAGUUUGUGUUCGACAACAGCAACACGGGCAUCGUCUUCGUCAUCCAGGUGCAUACCCGUUACGAAGAACUGCAGCUGCUCGUGAACACUCUGGAAAAGGUCAAGGGCAUCCACACGUGUCUGCUGCUCUUUAGUCAUGACGUCAUCAACGAAACUUUUAAUCAGUAUAUUUCCAAGAUAACCUUUGCCCCCGUGCUCCAAAUCUUCUUUCCCUUUUCUACGCAGCUGUACCCACACGUCUUCCCGGGUACGCAUCCCAACGACUGCUCGAGGGACGACACAUUAACAGCCGCGCAGGUCAAGGGGUGCAACAACGCCAACUACCCGGAUGGUCACGGACACUACCGCGAGAGUCAGGUGACUCAAAUGAAGCACCACUGGAUUUGGAUGUUGCGUUUCGCGUUCGAGAACGUUCGAAUGUUGCGGCAGUUCAAAGGCGUGGUCGUGCAGCUGGACGACGAUUGCUACGUCGUGGAGGACACGGUGCACGUGCUUCGGAAGUCCGCGGUGCUGAUGAGCAGGGACUGCCCGGACUGCAUCGUGGUGCUAGCAACGCCCUUCUGGUUGCCUCCGGAAGCGCAUCUGCUGGGGGGCAACAGGAAGAGGUCAGCGACUAUGUGGAAGAAGGCCUGGAGGACCGGGUCGUGUGUGGGGCUGUCGUUCAGUUCCUACAUCUGGCAGCAGCUGCGAGGCUGCGCCACCACCUUCUGUCGGGUGGAUGACUACAACUGGGACUGGUCGCUCUUGCACACGGCGCACACGUGUUUUGAGAACCGAUUCCUGAAAGUUCUGCAACCACAGCUCGGCAGAGUUCAUCACACGGGGGUCUGCCGGGGCACGCACGUAGUCAACCAGGAGGCCACAACUUGCACCCUGAAGCAGGUUCAGCAGAAGAUCGAGGCCUCGCUCAGAAUGGAAGAACUGUUUCCCGAAAAUAUUACUGUCGUUGAUCUGCCUUUGGAGAAAACCCUCGAUCGUUAUACCCCUUGGGGCGGGUGGAGCGAUCCUCGGGACCUGGCGCUGUGUGAAAAACUGUUUCACGAUGAUUCGCACGUCGAUUUGCUACAAAUUCACUCCCUAGUCACUGCUAACAAUACAGUGUAAAUAUAAUGAACAGAAUAAGGAACGAUUAUUUAACAAACUGGAAGAAAGGCCUUAUUUAAUUCCUAACGAGAAUCGGUUAAUAUUAAGCUAUCUGUGACGAAAAGUUUAAAGUUUCGCCUUACUUCAGACACAAGCAAACACGAAUACCUGACGAGACCUGAGUGUGGAGCCUUUGCCGCCAGGUAACACAAAGCCAUCAUCUUUAUUGCACGAAAAAAAAACAAGCUUCGAGACUGCUGGUGAAAUGUUCAUCUUGCAAUCUUGUGAGAUGCUGUGAAGGCCACUUGAGGAAGACGAUACCUGUUAGAAUCACGUGACAGCAAACUGAUGCAUGAGACAGAACAGCUGAUGGAUUUGAUAACAGAUGCGUUCACGGUUUUUUUUUUCCCGUUAGUGUAGUCGCAGGGAAGAAAGCAGCAUUUAAAAACCAAGCAAAGCCUUCUCUGGCACAUUUUGUCGAAUGAGUGAUUGAGAACGAACCAGCGUUUGUAAAUAAGGUAUUUACUGUUGUGUAGGUCAUCGUUAUGUUGACCCCUUGGGAUUGUAGUAAUACAUGCAUGUGUGCGUCUGUGUAUGCGUGUGUGCGUCUGUGUAUGCGUGCAUACCUAAAUUUUUCUUACGGGGUGCACGCUCUUCGAAUUCAUGUUUUCCAACUAGGGUCAUUUAAUAAUAAGAAGAAGACAGAGAAGAAGUGAUUGUCUUACACUGAUCACUAAAAUAUUCACCAUGAAUAUUCCAUGGAGUAUAUCAGGCAUUUUUUUUUCGGCACCGAGGAAGAGGAAAGAAAGUGUCCUAGAGUGAGUGUGGUUCACAAGACGAUCACCAUAUGCACAUGUAAUCAACUCUUCCCGGCAUGCAUCCAUCAUACGUUAACCUCAUUCUGAUAUAACUGGCAACAUAUGCAUUCGCUGGCACGUGUAGGGAUUUCACUUUCUCCCUCCCACUCAUUUCUUUUUAAUUUCACAUUCAAUCAACAUCUUUUUGAGAAGUAUAAGUUGGUGACAGAAACACUACUGUAAGUAUCAGACUUUUCGCGCUUAAACCUACUUUUAGAGAAUCUGUAAUGUUUAUCUUGCUUGUUAAAGGACAUGUCAGGCUGAUAUUCUGUGCCUUAAAGCAUUAGCACAACAAC